AUGUUAAGAUUAUCAAGAAACUUUAAAGCUGUUGCUCCUUUAAGAACUUUUACCACCUCCACUGUCAAUUUUCAAAACACAAGAAUUGAAUCAGAUGCUUUUGGUGAGAUCGAGGUGCCAACUGACAAAUACUAUGGUGCACAAACAGCCAGAUCUAAGCUGAACUUCAAGAUUGGUGGUGAAGCAGCACGUAUGCCAAUCCCAGUUGUCAGAGCUUUUGGUAUUUUAAAAAAGUCUGCUGCCAAAGUUAACGAAGAGCUUGGUGCUUUGGAUCCAAAAUUAUCAGCUGCUAUUCAACAAGCUGCCACUGAAGUUGCUGAAGGUAAAUUGGACGACCACUUCCCAUUGGUUGUUUUCCAAACUGGGUCUGGUACUCAAUCAAACAUGAAUGCCAAUGAAGUCAUUUCAAAUAGAGCUAUUGAGAUUUUGGGCGGUCAAUUGGGAUCAAAAAAACCAGUGCACCCAAAUGACCACUGUAACAUGUCACAAUCGUCCAAUGAUACUUUCCCAACUGUUAUGCACAUUGCUGCUGUAACUGAAAUUAACAACUCAUUGAUUCCAGAAUUGACCAAGUUACGUGACUCUUUGCAGGCUAAAGCUGACGAGUUCAAGGACAUUAUCAAGAUUGGUAGAACCCAUUUACAAGAUGCCACUCCAUUGACUUUGGGCCAAGAGUUUUCUGGUUACGUCCAACAAUUGACCAAUGGUAUCGAGAGAGUGGAAAAAUCCUUGCCAAACUUGUUGUAUUUGGCCCAAGGGGGUACUGCUGUUGGUACUGGAUUGAACACCAGAAAAGGUUGGGAUUCUAAAGUUGCCGAAGAAGUUUCUAGAUUGACUGGUUUCCCAUUCAAAACAGCUCCAAAUAAGUUUGAAGCAUUGGCUGCCCAUGACGCUAUUGUUGAAGCUUCUGGUGCUUUGAACACAGUUGCUGCUUCAUUGUUCAAGAUCGCCAAUGAUAUUAGAUACUUGGGAUCAGGUCCAAGAUGUGGGUAUGGUGAAUUAUCCUUGCCAUCAAAUGAGCCAGGUUCUUCGAUUAUGCCUGGUAAGGUCAACCCAACCCAAAAUGAAGCUUUGACCAUGGUUGCCACUCAAGUUUUCGGUAACAAUGCUGCUAUUACCUUUGCUGGUGCAUCAGGUCAAUUUGAAUUGAAUGUUUUCAAACCAGUCAUGAUCGCUAAUUUGUUAUCCUCAAUUAGAUUGAUUGCCGAUGGUGCUGCUUCCUUCAGAGUGCACUGUGUCGAUGGUAUUGAAGCUAACACUGACAAGAUUGACAAGUUAUUGCAUGAAUCAUUGAUGUUGGUUACUGCAUUGAACCCAAAGAUUGGUUACGAUGCUGCUUCCAAGGUUGCAAAGAAUGCUCACAAAAAAGGUAUCACUUUGAAGGAAUCUUGUUUGGAAUUGGGUGCUUUAUCAUCUGAGGAGUUUGACCAAUGGGUUAGACCAGAAAAUAUGAUUGGACCGAAAGAUUAA